CUUCCCGGGUCAAGCAUGUCAGGCUCUGGGCGAAAAGACUUUGAUGUGAAGCACAUCCUGCGACUCCGCUGGAAACUCUUCAGCCACCCGUCGCCGUCCCCUGGCGGCCCGGCGGGGGGCGGCUGCCUGCAACAGGACGGCGGCGGCAGCUUCGAGCACUGGGGGCCCAGCCAGAGCCGCCUGCUCAAAGGCCAAGACAAGGGCAGCGGGGGCACUUUCUGGAAGAAACCUUCCUCUUCUUCCUCCUCGUCUUCGUCUUCCUCCCCGUCCUCCUCUUCCUUCAACCCACUCAAUGGCACCCUGCUGCCGGUCCCCACGAGGCUGCAGCAAGGGGCGCCCGGGCAGGGCACCCAACAGCCAACCAGGACCCUCUUCUACGUGGAGUCCCUAGAGGAGGAGGAGGUACCAGGCAUGGACUUUCCUGGACCCCACGAGAAAGGGCUGGUCCUGCAAGAGCUCAAAGUGGAGCCGGCCACCUCCAGCCAGGCAACAGGUGAAGGAGGUGGACACAGGCUGUCAGCAACUAGCCAUUCGUUGACACCUCAGAGUGAUAUGGACUCCAGCAGCUCUGAAGAAUUCUAUCAGGCUGUUCACCACGCAGAGCAAACCUUCAGAAAAAUGGAAAGUUACUUGAAACAACAGCAACUUUGUGAUGUUAUUCUGAUAGUUGGAAACCGAAAGAUACCUGCACACAGACUUGUUCUGAGCUCAGUCUCCGACUAUUUUGCUGCCAUGUUUACAAGUGAUGUUUGUGAAGCCAAGCAAGAGGAGAUCAAGAUGGAAGGCAUAGACCCCAAUGCUCUUUGGGACCUUGUCCAAUUUGCAUAUACAGGUUGCUUGGAAUUAAAGGAAGACACCAUUGAAAACCUUCUUGCUGCAGCGUGCCUUCUUCAGCUUCCCCAAGUGGUAGAAGUGUGCUGCCAUUUCCUCAUGAAGCUAUUGCAUCCGUCUAACUGUUUAGGAAUCCGAGCAUUUGCAGAUGCUCAAGGAUGCAUUGAAUUAAUGAAGGUGGCUCACAGCUACACAAUGGAAAAUAUAAUGGAAGUUAUGAGAAAUCAAGAGUUUUUACUGCUUCCAGCUGAGGAGCUCCAUAAACUCCUGGCCAGUGAUGAUGUAAAUGUUCCUGAUGAAGAAACCAUCUUCCAUGCAUUAAUGAUGUGGGUCAAAUACGAUAUGCAGAGGAGAUGCAAUGACUUGAGUAUGCUUCUUGCUUUUAUAAGACUGCCACUGCUUCCACCACAGAUAUUGGCUGACCUAGAAAACCAUGCAUUAUUUAAGAAUGAUCUGGAAUGUCAGAAGCUGAUUCUGGAAGCAAUGAAAUAUCAUCUAUUGCCAGAAAGAAGAACUUUAAUGCAAAGUCCACGAACUAAACCUAGAAAAUCUACAGUUGGAACUCUGUAUGCUGUAGGAGGAAUGGAUAACAACAAAGGAGCUACAACCAUAGAGAAAUAUGACCUCAGAACAAAUUUGUGGAUCCAGGCAGGGAUGAUGAAUGGCAGGAGAUUGCAGUUUGGUGUGGCUGUUAUUGAUGACAAACUCUUUGUAAUUGGAGGUCGAGAUGGCUUAAAGACAUUGAACACUGUUGAAUGUUACAAUCCCAAAACCAAGACAUGGACUGUCUUACCACCAAUGUCAACACAUAGACAUGGUCUAGGUGUGACAGUACUUGAAGGUCCUAUUUAUGCUGUCGGAGGCCACGAUGGCUGGAGCUAUCUGAACACAGUGGAGAGGUGGGAUCCCCAGAGUCAGCAAUGGACAUUUGUAGCCAGUAUGUCCAUUGCCCGAAGCACAGUUGGUGUAGCAGCACUGAAUGGCAAGUUGUAUUCAGUUGGAGGUCGUGAUGGAAGUUCCUGUUUGAGUUCAAUGGAAUAUUAUGAUCCUCACACAAAUAAGUGGAACAUGUGUGCUCCGAUGUGUAAGAGGAGAGGGGGUGUCGGGGUGGCCACGUGCGAUGGUUUUCUUUAUGCAGUAGGUGGGCAUGAUGCUCCUGCUUCAAACCACUGUUCCCGGCUGCUAGAUUACGUGGAAAGAUAUGAUCCAAAAACAGACACAUGGACUAUGGUGGCUCCUCUGAGUAUGCCCAGAGAUGCUGUGGGAGUCUGUCUCCUUGGUGACAGAUUAUAUGCUGUUGGUGGCUAUGAUGGGCAGACAUACCUCAAUACUAUGGAAUCCUAUGAUCCACAAACUAAUGAAUGGACACAGAUGGCUUCCUUGAAUAUUGGAAGAGCAGGUGCCUGUGUAGUAGUCAUCAAACAACCUUGACUUAUUCUUAUGUGGGGAGAUUUUAUUUGCUGGAGCGGUUAUUUUUAUAUCAGUGGACAAGAAUGAGAACUUCCUGAGAUGAAAACUCUUCAAGAACAAGGAUUCCUAGAUUUACCUAUUGAGUCAGAAUAGGUAGAAGAUCAAACAGAAUUACAAGAAAAAGAAAACAUCAAACUGCCAUGGGAACAGCAUCUGGCUGUGUAUUAGUUACUUCAGGAAUGGUUAUUGGUAAUUUGUUUUGUAUUGCAGCAUACAAUAACUAGAGUUACCAAAGGACUGAUUUUCUUGAGCAUUAAAUGGAUAGAUUGAUAUUUGUGACAUGGAUAAUUUCAUGACUACAAUUCACUCUAUUGUUUUACAAUCUGUGGCAAUAUCCAAGAGGCAAGAGUAAAAGACAUUGUAUUUCAUUUAACAGAAUCUGAUUGGCUCACUACUUUCCCAAUCAGAUGUGGUCAUACCAGAAGGCAGAAUGAUGUUUUAUUAAAAUAAAUAUGGUUAUUCCUCAUUUUCCUAAACUAUAAGGACAAUUAGAGAAACAGAUUCAUGUUUUUCUCUUACAUUCAGAAAACAAACUGUUCUCCUGAUCAAAACUGAAUAUAUCAUCAGAGGAUGGCUGAAUUUUAUUGCAACCGUAUUAGCAAUCUGAAGCUGGCAAACACAAAGUAUUGUUUUCAUUAGGCUUGCCACAUUGCUUUUUUUUUAACACACUGAGCCAAAGAAUCAGUAUGAUUAUAGGCUUUUGCCUUAUGUUGAGUUCAGUGGAAGCAUGGAAGCUAGUUACUCUGAAUGUUAUAUAUAUCCAUUGCAUGUUGAAGUCCUUUAGAAUUUUUCUUAUUUAAAAAAAAUAGAAUUUUGAGAGAGAAAUCUAUGAUCAAUUCAUUUGGAGUGUUAAUGAUCACUGUUAGAAGGAAGGCGUACUUCAGAUUCUCAUUCCUUGCUUAUCAAACUUGUUACAUUGAUAUGCAUAUUAUUUUACAUCAAAUGUUUGUAACUGUUUAAAGCAUAAAGUGGAAACAUUAUAUGUCUUUA